AUGUGUGAAGAAAAAUUAGCCAAACUGAUGAACGAUAAAAUGUGUGAAGAAAAAUUAGCCAAACUGAUGAACGAUAAAAUAUGUGAAGAAAAAUUAGCCAAACUGAUGAACGAUAAAAUGUGUGAAGAAAAAUUAGCCAAACUGAUGAACGAUAAAAUGUGUGAAGAAAAAUUAGCCAAACUGAUGAACGAUAAAAUAUGUGAAGCAAAAUCUUCUUUCUCUUUUCCCAGGGUUGUUAUGACCCCAUUGAACACUCCAAAUGGUUGUAAACAGUUUAGCACAAAAAAUAUUAGAGGGAGAUUAUUCUACAAAAGGAGACCGAAACAAAUCCCGAAAUUAAAAAAAAAAAAUUGGAGAUCCAAAUGGCUAGAAGGAGCACCACAAAAAAGAGGCAUCUGCUUAAAGGUUCGGGUUCAGACACCAAAAAAGCCAAAUUCAGGACUAAAAAAAAUUGCACGAGUUAGAUUAUCUACAGGUAGAAUCGUUUCUGUAUAUAUUCCAGGGAUUGGUCACAACUUAAAUACUCAUAGCAUUAUAUUGGUUAGAGGCGGUAGAUGUAAAGAUAUUCCAGGUUGUAAUUACAAAGCUAUUAGAGGUGUCUACGAUUUGUUACCUGUUAAAAACAGAUUUCGUGGGAGAAGUAAAUAUGGGGUAAAAUUAUCAGAAGAAAAAAAAAAACAUUUACUUGAAAGGUAUAAUUUUAAGCAUAUUUCUAUUGAAAAAGAUAUAGAAGAAUUCAAUAAAUUUAAAUGGUUUAAUUAUGUCGAUAAAGACAAAAACUUAAGACAGAAGCCGCUUGCUCCGAAUGAACCUGUCCCCAUAAAUAUUUUCCACUUUAACACGUAUUACAGAAAUAAAAAAUUCCAGCAAUCGUCAGAAAAGUGA